AUGUCGUCUCACAGCAACAGCAGCUCCGCGUCGCCUCCCCGAGUACCUCCCCAUAUCCGCCUCAAUUCAGGCCAGGGUGAUAUAGUGAACAGCAAUGCAACUAGUUCGUCGAGGACGUUAGUCCCCACAACCUCAAGGCCGACAGCCUCCAGAUCGCAGCUAGACGCUGUUUACACCCAAGAACAGGUACAAGGCUCAGCCGAAAGGCUACUGCCCCCUGUGUCGGGCGGCUCAAGGAGGCUCAGAGAUGGGGUUUCGCCCUUGAGGUCGCCCGUUCGCUCGAGUUAUUCUUCCAGAAGGUCAAGUUGGGAGUCGGAUCGAAGCAGGGACAGCGGAGGCUUCGAGAACCCCUUUCGAGACUCCAGCCAGUCGAGGCCUGGAUCACGGGCUGGCAGCGACGACAACGAUGUCAACACCCAGACAGUAUCAGAAAAAUUCAAUAUCCUACCCUCCUCGGGCCUCCUUCUAUUUCCCGAAGACGUCGAAAAGGACGACUACCUACACAACCCCGAUCCGAAUGACAAGGACCGCGACUGUGAUAUAUUCAACAAGCGAGGCUUGGUAAAUGUUGGCGGUCUUGCGUUCAUCACGUUAGGGAUAUUGACCCUGUUCGUCGGAUACCCAAUUCUGACAUUUGUACAAAAGAUAACCUCAACACCCGAUCCCUGCGCGGGCAGCAACGCUUGUAUAGGAAGCGGCAAGGUACCCCACUUGAAGAACAUGCGUACGAGCCUGAUUGAUCCCGACACACCUGAAUCGGCCAAGACGAAGACGGACUACCACGGCAACACGUGGAAUUUGGUCUUCUCAGACGAGUUCUCCAAGCCUGGGCGAACAUUCUACGAGGGAGACGACCCGUACUGGACUGCAGUGGACAUCUGGUAUGGUGUGACACGAGACUUGGAGUGGUACGACCCGGAUGCAGCCACCACGAAUGAUGGAGUGCUAGAACUACGCUUUGACGCUUUCCAAAAUCACGGCUUGAACUACCGCUCCGGCAUGCUGCAAUCGUGGAAUCAGAUGUGUUUCAAGGGUGGCCGAUUAGAGGCCAGUAUAUCUCUCCCUGGACGGGGCGACACGGUCGGCUUCUGGCCUGGUUUCUGGUCGAUGGGCAAUCUUGGACGACCAGGUUACGCAGCAACCACUGACGGUCUAUGGCCCUACUCCUACGCCGAUGUGUGCGAUGCCGGUAUCACCGCAAAUCAGAGCUCCCCCGACGGCAUCAGCUAUCUGCCCGGCAUGCGACUCCCAGCGUGUACAUGCUCUGGCGAAGACCAUCCCACUCCCGGCAAGUCCCGAUCUGUCCCUGAAAUCGAUGCCCUCGAAGCCAGUGUGGGAGUCCUCGACGAAGAAGGCAACGAGAUCGGCAUGGUAUCUCAGUCUUUUCAGGUGGCUCCUUUCGACAUUUGGUAUCAACCGGACUACAACUUUGUCGAGGUGUUCGAUUUCUCCGUCACCGCUAUGAACACAUAUAAAGGUGGCCCGUUUCAACAGGCAGUUUCGGGCUUGUCCAACUUGAACAAUGCGUGGUAUGAUGGAAACGCUUACCAAGUAUACGCCUUUGAGUAUACGCCUGGUGCUACUGGAGAUGUUACCUGGUUCGUCGGCGAGCAGCCGGUCUGGCGUAUGCAAGGUCAAGCUCUCGGACCGAACGGCAAUGUAGCGCAGAGAGUUGUCCCCGAGGAACCCUUGUCCGUCAUUGUGAACUUUGGCAUCUCGCCUGGUUUCUCGCCCUUGAACAUGACCGGGUUGGCUCCGUUGAUGCCAGCUAUCAUGCGCAUCGACUACAUCCGCAUUUAUCAGGACGAUAAUGGCGAGGUGACCUGCGAUCCUGAAGGGUACGAGACGACAGAGUACAUCGCUAACCACUACGAAGUAUAUCACAACCCGAAUAUAACAACCUGGGCUGAUACUGGCUACGGGUGGCCGAAGAACUCGCUUGUUGACGGCUGUUAA